AUGGUGGACAGACAAGGCAUCGGUAUUUUGACACGAACUGUGACCAGGAGUCCUGUGGUGCAAUGGAUUCUUCAUGCAAGAACCCGGGACAAAAGUCUGAACGAUGCAAUCUUCGUUGGCGAUGACUUCGUGCAUGUCAGGCAGAUCCUACCUGGCGGCCAUCUUGAGCAUAUCACCACUAAAGACGACUUCGACGCACGAAUCCGCGCGGCUUCUGUUAUCAAUAUCGAGGAUGACUUACCGGACGACGAUUUCCUGGUCAAAGAGGAAAUGGGCAUCGACAGCUGUGAAAGGUACAUCCCACGAGAUGUGCUAGUCUUGACUCUGAGUACCAAGGAUCUUGUCUUCUUGUAUCUCGCAGCAGACACGGAUGGCCACUAUAGCUUCGUCCAGCAACCAUGCCCACUACCAGCUUUCGAUCGCAUGCUACUCCAACCUGGCGAACAUGUGGCAGUCGAUCCGGAAUCUAGGGCUCUGGCUGUAGCUGCGAACGAAAGAGAGAUUGUCAUCUACUCGAUCAAGUCUCGAAGACAUGUGCGACAAGAGAUCGGACAGCGCGAUCCCAACUGGUGCCCUGUCAUCGCCGAACGAGCACUACAAGUUGAAGGUGUAAUACAGUGCAUGGAGUUCUUGAUCCCUCCUGACGGCGAUACCUCGCAAAUCAUCCUCUUGCUUAUUGUGAUCGAUGAUCGCAAGAUGAAAGCUAUCUGUAUCGACUGGCAUAGAGAGGACCAUGACGAUCCCGACCAGAGACAACGGGACAACUCCGAUCCACUCAGUGCUCAGAUGCACCCUGCUCUGCCACUUUCCACCGCCGGGACAGUACCGAGUCUACUCAUCCCGCUUCGUAACGCGUCAUUCCUUGUUGUCACGGGGAGCGAGGCGACAUGGUACAAAGACAUUCGCUCGGGCUCGUUGACAGGCGCACUCUCCAUGACAAUGGAGGGUCAACCCCAACAGCCUGGUAAUUCAGCACGGUGGCCAAUUUGGACCAACUGGUGUCGUCCGGCUCGAACUCCAACUGCUAGACGGGAGAAAGAUCACGUCUACGUCGUGCGAGAAGACGGCCUUGUGUCUCUACUGGAGGCCACCUCAUACGAUACUGUGUCUAUCACAGUGGCAGGCAACCUCGACUGCCAUGUCGGAACUGCUUUCGCAUCGCUCGGUCGCGAUGCAGAUCCCGACGUGCUCGCAGUCGCGGGUGAGAUGUGCUCUGGCUAUGUGGUUAAGAUUGGUCACUGGCCAGCAGACGGGCUCAGCAAAGUGAGCGACCUGGAUUGGGCGGACACUAUGACAAUGGACAUUGUCGAGAUCAUCACAAAUUGGGCAUCAGCUACGGAUAUGUGCAUGACGAAGCUACCGCAGUCGCACGGGAGAGCACUUCGGGCAAGAGAUGCGAUCUUCGUAACAUCAGGCCGUCAGCCAUAUGGUUCGGUUACAGAGCUCCGCUACGGCCUAGAAGCUCGUCUGUCCUUGGUGGGUGAACCUGGGGCUUUACCUGCCGUCACUGGUGUGUGGGCAUUAUCAUUUGCUGAGACGGCUUCAUAUCUCAUACUUCUGACGACGCCCACGAGCACAAUCUGCUUGGACCUGGACGAUGGUGUCAUCGAUACCGAUGCACUUCUCACCGAUCAGCGGACCGUUAUGGCAGCGUCAACUACGCAUCAGAGUAUUCUACAGGUCACCAAACACGGUGUCUGUGAGACUACGAGCCUGGUCGCCAACUUUGAGGAUACUGUAAAGAGACCUUGUAGAGAUGGAACUGAGAUACUUGCCGCUGCGAUCGACUUGUACAACGAUCGGGUUUUGUUGAUCGGGUCGUGUAAUGGUCGUUAUGAUUUAUCCUUCAUGACCCUGCCGCUAUCUGAUAUGCAAUCUCUGGACGGACCGAGUAUAACGCUGCCCUCGAUGCCGUUAGCAGCUGCAUGCUCGGCAUUGGAUACUAGUACCCUUGCAAUCGUGUCAACAGCAGAGCACGGCAUCAUUGCACAUUUCAUCCAACAAGACCAGAUCAGUCGAGGUCAUGUCCUGUCUGCACCAACGAGUAUGCACGAGAUGUCGAGCCUUUGCGACUCGGUGGUGAUAUUACGGCCUCCAGAUCUUGCGAUACUCCUGACGCUGUGCGGUCUUCGAGAUGGGCGACUAGUAAGCAUACUGUUCUCGGUCUCGGAGGAAGGAGGCAUACAAGUCCUUGGCCAACACGAGAUCCGGGUAGGAAGUGGUUCAGUUCAGCUGACUUUGACAGCCGAGAACCACUCUCAGGCAUAUAUGUGUGUCGGCACCGAUAUGUGCCUUGUGUCGUGGGAUGGCUCCGAUUCCAGUCACGUUGCUAUCGUCAAUAUCUGGCUGUCCGAUAAAAACCAGCCUGAACUACCUCAAGGCGAAGUGGCUACUUGUGCGCAAUUGCCCAUCUCGGACUAUCUCAGUGACACGACCUUGGGUGGUUCUGUGAUUAUGGUCUCGGACGACCAACUUCUGAUAGGUCAGGUCACUGAUGAGCCUCACGCUGUCCCGCGCCAACUGCAUCUCGAAGGUACGCCGAAUCGACUGCUGUACUGCGAAAGUCAGAAAAGUCUAGUGGUUGCCUCUAUGAAGAUUGGAGUGAGGACGUUUUCAGCUCCAAAUGGCAGGUCCGAAGAGAGACGUCAGAUAUGGCCUAUUCUGGAUUUUAUACCAGCCCGGGCGGAUGAGUCCACAUACACCUACGACAUGCAGCCUGGCGAACGUGUGUACAGUCUGAUGGAGUGGUCGUUCAAGGAGAUCCAGGAUGAGAAGGACAAGACUUACGCCUUCGUCGUUGUUGGUGGAAGCUACGUGAAAAGCGAUGGCUCGCAAGGAGGCCGAGUGACGUUCUUACAGCCUAGUCAGUCCAACCGAGAGGUGACGGCUGUCAAGGAAGGCAAGUCCACUAAGUUCGAUGCACCGGUGUAUGCGCUGGCUCUGUAUGAUGAGCUGACUUAUGUCGUCUGCUAUGGACGCCAUGUCGCGCUAUAUCGCUUCGCACCAGACUCGCGGAAGUGGUCGGUGAUUACCUCACCUCUGCUUUUAGCUCAUCCAGGCAUCUACGUCACUGUCGCGGCACCUCUCAUCUAUGUCUCGAGUUUAGAGGACUCGCUUAUCACUUUACGCUUCGAACCAAAGUACACAGAUGAGCAAGGCGAGGUGAACUCACGCCUGAUUAUGGUCGGUGGCAGUCCAAGAGCUGAUGCAUCGCUGAGCCACCUCAUUGUCGACGUCGAUACAGAGACCAGUAUUAGUCUGCUGACUACUAAAGCUGGAAACAUCGUCGGCCUCGCCUGCAGAUCAUUUACGGACACGACGCUACAUGGUCAAGUCGCAGACAGCAUCCUCUUCGAGGCUUCAAUGCCUCGAUCUUUGACACGCAUCAAGGAAGCCGGCAUCCGCCCACCAUGGAAAGCUCUACUACCUGCCGGUGUCAUCAAAGACAACAUCAUCGGCAUCGCAAGUGACGGCACGCUGGUAGGUGUCGCUCUCCUCGACAAUAAGCUCUGGCAGAGCCUCUCAUGGCUACAACGAUUGUGCGAAUGGAGUCCGCUGCUCUCACCAUAUUCUUGCCACGAACCGCCAUACAGUGUGAAUGAUAUCGGAUACGCACGCUACGAGCGAGCCCUGCCUAUGGGUAUGGUUGAAAGCACAGCCGAGGGCAGCGAGUUAAUGCUGCGAACGUCGAUUGAAAGUCCGGUCGACAGGCAUAUCGAUGGCGAUAUACUCAAUCGACUGCUUGAGCAUGGAGGAGAAGAAGUGCUUGAACGAAUCAUAAACGAGGCAGCACAAAGACAAGAUAGUUGCGGUAUCUGGUUGCGAGCGCAUUUGCAGCGAGAACUUGACGCUGUGCCAGAGGUCAUUCGGACGUUGCGAGUACUUUUGAGUGGCUGGCUGUGA